AUGAACCAUUAUUCACCAGAAGUUUCAUUAUUAGCAAAAAAGAUUUGUAAUCCUGACCCAACAGAUUCAUCUGUUUUAUUUGUAUCCGACAUGAUUGAUAAACAGGAACAGGUUAUUAAAGAAGCGAUUAAAUCUGCUAAGGAAGCAAUGUAUUUACUAUCUCAUACGCAUAUAACUAUGCCAGAACUGCCACCACUUGAUGGUUGGGUGUAA